CCGGCGUAUGUAAACUGAUUAUCGCCUGUACUCGGAUUGCAUCUACACAAAUCAGCUGUUUAACGGCCGUAGACGGUUUAUAGAAGCGGCCAGUUUGACCACAGUGGAACCAACCGCUCCUCAACGGUCAUGGAAGACACUGCGGUCCCUGCGCUCCAUUGAUACACUGUCGUACUUCUUUAGGGAAAUACUUCUAAGGCUGUUGUGAGCAAAAGGGGGGUAUGAGCUCCAACCAUCGGUAGUAUUCGUUAUAUCGGCACUGAACCGAGUUUUGGGCGUGUUAUAAGUGUAAAGAGGCCUAGUAUUGACCACCGAUAGUAAACUGAACUUUUCCGAGAUCCAAAGUUGUCAGGCAGCGCAUCUUGCACGCAUGCGCAUCCUUCUAUCCAGCAGCUCUAAAUAAGAGUUAAAACAGAAACGAGGUUGGGGAUAUCAUAGGUGUGGGAAUGACCGACACUCCACCCAGUGAUGGCCCCUCCCAGGGAGCUGAGUUUGAUAUGAUGGGUGCUCUGGACUGGAAGGAUGGUAUUGCCACGCUGCCAGGCAGUGACAUCAGGUUCCGCAUGACAGAGUUUGGGACUCUUGAGAUUGUCACAGACCUAGAGGUCAAAGGGCAAAAGGCAGAGCCUAACCGCAAGACCUUGGACCCAGCACAGUCCCACACCCCCACCCCUCCACCAGAGGGCCAAUCACAGACUGGCACAGCCACAGCUACAGCCAAUCAGAGUCAGCCAGGAUCGUCUCAAGGUAAAGCCCCCGGUCCUGUGCUUCUGUCUCUAGAGGAGGGCCCCAGUAUGGAGGGCCCCAGUGUGGAGGUUGGUCCCAGUGUUGAGGUUGGCUCUAGCGCAGACAUGGGUCCAAAUGGGGAGCUGUCAAGGUGCAGGGCCUGUGGUGGCCGUGUUCCCCGGGAUGCCCUCCUUCAGGGCAAAUUCUGUAGUUCCAUUUGUGCCCAGCCCUCCAGUGGCAGAUCGUCUCCAGCAGAAGCAAGGGAGAGUCAAGCAGUUGAGGGUGAGAGGCUGGGUAAACGUGUGCGCAAAAAGAGGAAGAUCUAUAUGGAUUCUGGUGAAGAAGAGGAAGACAACCAAGAAGAACCAGAGGAAAAGGCCAAGACGACCAAAGGCAAACGAGGUGCCAAAAUAGCCAAACUGGUGGCUGCCCCAGGCAAUAAGAAACGGGCAUGGAGCUGGCCAGCUUACUUGGAAGAGGAGCGGGCCAUCGCUGCGCCUGUUAAACUAUUCAAAGAGCACCAGUCGCUUCCUCAAAGCAGGAACAGUUUUAAGGUGGGGAUGAAGCUGGAGGGGCUGGACCCGUCUCACCCCUCUCUGUUCUGUGUACUCACUGUUGCAGAGAUCCAAGGCUAUAGGGUAAGGCUCCACUUUGAUGGUUACCCAGAAUGCUAUGACUUCUGGGCCAAUGCCGACUCAUGGGACAUGAAACCAGCUGGCUGGUGUGAGAAGAAUGGGCAUAAGUUAUUGUUGCCUAAAGGUUGUAAGGACGGAGAGUUUAAUUGGAGCAUGUAUGUGAAGAACUGUAGGGGUCAGCUGGCCCCAAAACACCUUUUCAAGAGCCUCAACACAUCUGUGACUCCGUCUGGAUUCAGAGCAGGGAUGAAGCUGGAGGCGAUCGACAGGAAGAACCCAUCGUUGAUCUGUGUAGCAACCAUUGCUGCUGUUGUUGACAACCGACUGCUCAUUCAUUUUGACAACUGGGAUGACACAUAUGAUUACUGGUGUGACGCUAGCAGUCCAUAUAUCCAUCCUGUGGGUUACUGUGAAGAUGCUGAGCUAACUCUGACCACUCCAGCUGGUAAGACACAGACCAAGACACACGUGGAAUAUAAGCAGCCCAAGAGUUUCUCAUGGGAGAAAUACCUGGAAGAGACGGGCACACAGGCGGCUCCAGCUCGGGCUUUCAAGCCGCGACCGCCGCACGGCUUCCAGUUUGGGAUGAAAGUGGAAGCUGUGGAUAAGAGGAACCCCAUGCUCAUCCGUGUUACAACUAUAACGGACACAGAGGACCACCGACUAAAGAUUCAUUUUGAUGGCUGGAGUUCAGAGUAUAACUAUUGGGUGGAGACAGACUGCCCUGAUCUGCACCCUGUAGGGUGGUGUCAGAAAACUGGACACCCACUACAAUACCCGAACGGCUCCAGUGAUUUAGUGACUGCUCCGGGACAAGGAUGUCCUACCCCAGGAUGCAACGGGGUUGGUCACAUUAGAGGACCUCGCUAUGGGACACACUACACUCAGGUGAGCUGUCCCUACUCGGAUGUUAAUCUGAACAAAGAGGGCUUGCUGCCAGAUCGCCUCAGCGGAGAACGACCCCUCGCACUCAGCGGACCUCAUCCACGGGGGCGUCGCCCGGAUCCUCACACAAACACCACGACGCAGACCUCCUCAACGCCAGACCAGCCGGAAGGAGCUGAAGACUCUCUGAACAGGAAACCGGUGACGGUGGAAGCUGAGCGUUUAGCACGUAACACUCAGCCGGAGCCAGCAGGUGGAGCCAGCGAGCAGAGCCACAAUGGAACGAGGCCUAAACGGACCGCUCCCGUUCCCAAAUACCUGAAAAUGCACUACGUUAAAGAGGAGAUUGGCGAUAGUAAAGCCUCUCCAGACACCAUCUCUCUCCAGCAGGCCCUCCACGAGUCAGUGUUUUCCCCUGGCCUCUCUGCCUCCCCCCCCCACCGGGUGGCUCUCUGCUGGGACAAACACUGCCAGCUGCUGCCGGAGGUCCUGGGGCUGACUGCCAAGAGAGUGGCCACUUGGAGCGCAGAGGAGGUGGCCACUUUCGUCAAAGGUUUACCAGGAUGUAAAGAACAUGCUGCGACAUUUAAAACAGAGCAAAUAGACGGCGAGGCCUUCCUGCUGCUUACGCAAGCGGACAUCGUCAAGAUCCUGUCAAUCAAAUUAGGACCCGCCCUGAAGAUCUACAACUCCAUCCUCAUGUUGAAGAACGCAGACGAAGAGUAAAACCUCUAAAGACUGACGAGGAAUCACUUCCUACUAACCGGCCCCUCAGCUCCGGUUUCAUCAACACUCAGCUAUAAAGACAUUUGAACAAAUCAGCCAGAACAGGUUUCGUCGGUGCAGCGACAGGAACGACUCAAGUGGAAGCCAUCAUCGCAGAAAAACGUCCACCACCCCUCUCUUUCUCUCUCCAUGAUGGACAGUACUGAUCAACCUGAGGGAGAGUUUUACAUGAUACCAUAAGUUUCCUUGACUUAUAUCGUGUUUGUUUACUGAAUCAUUUAUAAAAAAAGAAAAGAAAGAACUACAGGCACCUUCAAUGCUUCUUAACAUUGUACAGUUUAUGAAUUGGAUUUAUUGUCACAAUUCUGUUGCAUUAUUGAACUGUAAUGGUGCUUGAGCUCAGAGCAGAUGGAACAAGAGCGUUUGUGCUUUGUUGCAUUUUACUUGGCAACAGAUGUUUUUUUUUUUAAAAAGCUGCAAAAUACAAUCGUGAGGUGGCGAGAGGUUUAAAAUGUGAAACCCAGUGGAGCAGAAGCACUAUGUAGUUCAUCCUGUCUCCUGUAGAUGGAGAACGUGGGCAACUCCACAGGCCCGAAGGCAAGAGAGUUUGAUUUAAUUGGAGUUGGCUGAAGCUUAGAUUGAAUGGGGGAUGGUAAAGACUGUGUGUGUGUGUGUGUGUGUGUGUGUGUGUGUGGGCGCGCGUGUGUGUGCGCGUGUGUGUGCGCGUGUGUGUGUGUGUGUGUGCACAAAUGUGACUAAGAGUGUUUGAGAUACAAGGAUGUAUUUUCCCAUCAGCCCUUGUGUGCUUUUCUGGUCCGAGGAUUGUUGUGUGACAAGCAGGGCUAAGGGCUAAAUGUUGAAUCAAGGAAACUUGCAGUCUCUUAAAGUGGAACGAGACAACGAACCAGCUCCGUUCUUCUCUAUCUGCUUUUAUUCUCGUUUUUGUUUUUGGGAACGGCACAUGAAUAUGAAUGUUUAAAAAAAAAAAAAAAACUUUUAGUCGUUUUUGUUGAUAUUAUCUUGUUUCAUUCACAUUGUAAAUAGUAUACAGCUACAAAAGGACUGUCCUCGCUCCCUAACAAGAGUUUACUCCUGCUUGGUUAUGCAAAGGCUGUACAUCUGUCCACAAGGGAAGGACAUUGUGGCAGUGAACUGAAAAAUACGAGCCUCAAUUCAUACAAAGAUUUUGAGAAAAAAAGAAACAUUGUCAGUGUCUUUGUAAAUCAGCGUGUACUUCAGCAAGUUGGAAUGUGUACAUCAGCAACUGUUUAUAUGCAAACAGCUUUUAUUUAUGUAUUCUAAUUUAAAGGGGAAUGGUACGCUGUUUUUGGCUCCGAGGUAAAGCUAUGGCUGGUCGAUGGAAAGUGUGAAUGGGUGAAAAAUAAAUGAGAAUGCACACGGUCUGCUGUCCUCAUUUAACGUCAGGCAUUUCACCACACAGAUAAUCUAAACCUGGUCUUUAUCUGUAUGUUUUUCUAUUGACUUAUUUACAGAAGUGGAAAACACAUUCGCUAAAG